ACAUUUUUUAGAGUAGUUAAAGAACCUACAACUAAUGCAUAUAGUUUCUAACUCAACGCAAUCAAUUAAAAGAUUAAAUAAAAAAGUUACUAUUAAGAGUUUUCAGCUGAUGUACAACUAAAUUUCAAGUUCCACAACAAUGACUAGAAAAAAUCUAAUCCUCAAAAGUGAUAGAACAUAAAUAAAUAACUAAAAAAGAAAAUGAGGAAACAAAACAAAAACAAUAGGUAGAGAAACGACUUGUAAGAAAAUUUUCUUCUUUUUUUCACUAAUUAAAUAAGAAUAUAUUUUUUUUCAAUAGAUAUAAAUAUAGUUAAGAUUCCAGUAUAAAAAAAAUAAAUAUAGUUAAGAUUCCAUUCACCUUGAGGUGGUUUUCCCAUGCACUUCUCCUCCUCUUCCUAAGAAUAACCAAUAACCAACUUUCAAAGAUAUACCAAUUUUGUACCAAACCAUUCUGUUUCAUCCCCUAUGCUAACUCCCAAUCUCAAUUCUCCUCCUUCCUUCUCUAACUCUCUUGUUUCAUUCCCACACCCUCAAAUUAUGUGAAAGGAAUAAUUUUCAUCUUAAUAAUAAAUGACAUUAUAAGGUUGAAAAAAUAUUCUUUCACAUUUUUUUCUUUUUUGCGUGGGAAUGAACAUGAAGAAGAAUCUCUUUGGAAUCAUUAGAAUAAACCCUUAAACAAGAUAACCAUUACAUUAAUAUUCCCUCUCCAAUAUGAAACACAAACAUAAACAAAAAUAAUAUAAAACACAUUUGUUUUUAUAUAGUUUUCAUAAACACAUAGAAAUGGGUACGAGGUAGUUGUCUUUUAAGUAAAAAAACAUUGUACAAGGUUUUGGUUUAUUUUACAUUUUGAUUUAAGAUGGAGAGAUUAGAGGGAAGGAGCAAGAAGGAUCAAGAAAAGAAAGAAAAGAGAACAAGAAAUUUUGUUGAUUUAAUAACAGGUAUUAACAAUAACACGCCGAAAAAAGCAUUUGUUCAUCAUGCAAAUGAUCAAAACAACAAUGAUGUAUCAAUAGAGUCACCAUCACCACAAUUUCAAUCACCAAGGCAUGUAUUUGAGGUACCGAUAUCGGAUUGCGAAAGCACGGAGAGCAGUAACUACAACAGUUGUGCUACGACGCCUCAACGGGCGCCGCAACACGGUGCUACGACGCCUCAACGGGCGCCGCAGCACGGAGGAAAAACAUCAUCACCAAGAGAAGAAGGAGGAGGAUACCACUACCAAUGGAGGAAUAUGAUUGAGGGAUUGAGGUUUAAGUCUGUGAGGAGAUUCUCUACCAUUCCUUUGCUUGCUACUAGCUAUGAAAGUUCUAGGAGAAAUUUGAGGAACAAGUUGGCUCGUAUAAGAACUAAUGAGGAUGAUGAGAAUGAUUUUAAUGGCGCUAUGGAUCUUGAUGGUAUUACUAAACCUUCUUGGAGAAAUUUUAGUUAUGAAGAUCUUGUUGCUGCAACUGACAAUUUCAAUCCUGACAACAUGAUUGGAAAAGGUGGUCAUGCAGAAGUGUAUAAAGGACGGUUACCUGAUGGAACAGUUGUAGCAGUAAAGAGGCUAGUGAAGGAUGAAAAAGAAGUUGGAGACAAAGCUGGUGAUUUCUUGUCGGAGCUUGGGAUCAUUGCUCACAUUAACCAUCCAAAUUCAACACGCCUCAUUGGUUUUGGAAUUGAUCGUGGACUCUACUUUGUUCUACAAUUUGCAUCUCAUGGAAGCCUUUCCUCUUUGCUCUUUGGUUCUGAAUGUUUGGAAUGGAAGACAAGGUACAAGGUAGCACUUGGAGUAGCCAAAGGGUUGCAAUAUCUCCAUGAAGAGUGUCCAAGAAGAAUCAUUCACAGAGACAUCAAAGCCUCAAACAUAUUACUCAACCAAGAUGAUGAAGCUGAGAUUUCAGAUUUUGGAUUGGCAAAGUGGCUACCAGAUAAAUGGGCACAUCAUGUUGUUUUUCCAAUAGAAGGCACAUUUGGGUAUUUGGCUCCAGAGUAUUUCAUGCAUGGACUUGUGGAUGAGAAGACUGAUGUAUUUGCAUUUGGAGUAUUGUUACUUGAGCUCAUGACAGGUCGUCGUGCAGUCGAUUCAAAUAGCAGGCAAAGUCUUGUGAUUUGGGCUAAACCACUAUUGGAUGCAAAAAAAGUGAAAGAAAUAGCAGAUCCAAGAUUAGAAGAACAAUAUGAUCCAACUGAAAUGAUGCUUGCCAUGGCAACAGCUUCCAUGUGUAUCCACCACAUGUCCUCUAAAAGGCCAUACAUGAGCCAGGUUGUGCUACUAUUGAAAGGAGAAGAGGUGGCUAUGGACCUGACUCAAAAAUCAAUAGCACCAAGGUCACUUUUGUUAGAUGCAUGUGAUUUAGAAGACUAUACUUGUUCUAGUUAUUUGAAUGAUCUCAAUCGCCACAAGGAAUUAAUCAUGGAGUGAUGAUUAUUCAUAUGAUAUUAGAAUUGUGAUCUGUUUGUAAUGUAUGUGUUGAAAAUUUUAUGGAAUGAUAUAAUUUGUUGUAUAGUUGUGGAAAAAGUUGAGAAUCUCACAACAUAAACUUUUGUCUUUAUAUAAUAUUUAGGCUUGUAAAUUGACAUGAACUUGUAAUGAUCAUCAUUAGUCAAGCAGCAGUCAUAGUUUGUUUAUUAGAGUUA